GGGAUGGGAUUGAAUUGAAUGAAAUGUGAAUGGGCCGUGUUGUUGUCACUUGUCAACUCGUCCCUUGUUUGGUCCAGUCUCUUCUCACCACGCUGUCGUGUAACGUUUUUUUGCACCAUACCACCAUUGCCUGUGCGUGGCUUGUGCUGCCGUUGCAAACGGAAACCUCCAUUUUCAUCGACAACUAUUGCCGAAGAAUACAAAGCAAUACCCCCCCGACUCUGCAUGCUUCUGAAAGGGCAACUCAUGUUCUGUCCCCGGCAUAGUGGCUCCGCAUCCCCAUACUAUCCAGUCCUACCCCGGACUUGGCGCAACGACGAUCACAUAAUACCCGAUGUUGCGCUGCAACCCAAGGAACUGGGAAUUCGACAUUGAUCGGUUCCUCAAUCCCUUUGUUCCGCCGCCUCCUUGGAAACAUCUACCAUAUCCUAUUUCUCACUUCUUUGGCUACCGCAAGUCGAAGCCGCAGAAUGUCGGCAAUCUCGUUUCGAUCUUCUGGGCCUGUGUUGGCGUCUUCUGCGGCGUCGCCGUAGUCUCCAUCGUCUCCCGCCAGAUCCCGUCCUUCAGAGACCAUGGCGCGCCCAUUAUUGUGGGCAGUUUUGGCGCAGCCGCCGUUUUAGAGUUCUACUCGAUCGAAUCGCCCCUCUCUCAGCCCCGUAACUCAGUCUUCGGCCAACUCUUCUCCGCCGUCGUAGGGGUAGCGAUCUGCAAGCUGUUCCAGCUGAGCCCGCACUUUGAUUCUAUUCGCUGGCUUGGAGGAGCCUUGUCAUGCGCCUUGGCAACGACCGUUAUGGCGCUUACGAAGACGGUUCACCCCCCUGCUGGCGCGACGGCACUGCUCGCGGUCGUCGAUGACGGUGUCGUACACUUGGGAUGGUUCUUGGUGCCUAUUGUGCUCCUCGGCUGUGCCUUAAUGCUGGUCGUCGCAUUACUCAUUAACAAUAUCCAGCGGCGCUUCCCACAGUAUUGGUGGUCGCCCGAGGAUGUUCGGCUACACCGCGUGCCCUGGAGGCGCCAUGUGUGCGAUGUGGAGAACAAGCAGGAACCAAAACCUGACGAGGUUGACCGGCGUAGCAGAAGUGAUUCUACAGUGAGGGAAGAUGCGGUGCUGAUUAUGAGGCCCGGGGAAGUGCUUGUGCCAGAACACAUGUUCAUCACACCCGAGGAAAAAUUGUUCUUAGAGGAAUUGAGUAAUCGGUUAUGAGCCGCUUUCAAUAGCGAUCUAUGUAGUUGCGAGGCUAUGAAACCAAAGCAUACUGUUUCGUAAAAGUAGUUUCCUAAGAAAACCCAGAUCUAUGUUCAUUUCCCAGCACGAAGUGAGUGUAGCGCUGUCAAGCGGCACCCCUUGCUCUGGUGUCUCAUCGUAAGAAAAGACGUUCUCGUCAUUUUGCCAGGAGAUGAUACUUCCUGGUGACACGUUGCAAAUCAUUAUCAAAAAUCAUCAUUAUCCACAUCAAAUUCUCCCUCAUUAUCGUGCCGGUUCUGUCGUGUUUCUGUGUCUUUAAUUGUCUGGUUUCAACCUUGCUUGGCAGACUUUGUGCGGGACAUGCGCAGUUCUGCCAGCUUUGCGGGGUUCUGAGUAGGAUCAUUCUCAGGGUCACCGUCUGCACCGGGGUUGGCCAUCUCAUACUCCAAGGUCUUGAUGAACUUGUAGAAGACGACGGCAAUGAUUGUGCCAAGGAAAGGCCCGACC